AUGGUCUUCCUCGACGUCCUCCAUGUGCAUCCGCUCCGGAGCAUCAUCUUUGCGUACCAAGAUGGGAUCUACGAGGACCUGCGCCCGCGCUUCCACGAGUUCCGCCGCAAGGUCCGGUACAGCCUCGCGCACUAUGCCGGGCGCGGCCACGACUGCUUCGUCGGCGGCCGGCUCGUGUCCUCGCCUUUCCACAAGACGCUGCUCGGGACCGUCACGGACCGCAAUCUGUGCUUGGACGAAGAGGCGAUGUAUGACAUUCGCUUCCCGCUGCACCUCGCCAUCUACGAGGGCAAGCUGCAUGUGGUGCAGCGCAUCUUGGCCUGUCGCCCGGCGCUCGUCUCUGCCGACGCGAUCGACUGCGCGUUUGCUUGCGGCAAGCUGUACAUUGCCCGGUAUCUCCUGCAUCAACGCAGUAGCAUGACGAAUCUCUCUCGACAGACGCCAAAGCGCUCAUUCAAGGGCAGGAGCCUACCCAAGUACGUCGCGUACUUUGGCCGUGUCGACCUCUUGCAGCUCCUCAGGACGUACACCGACCAUGGUUGGGACGAGAGUGCCAUGCAAGCAGCGAUCCGACGUCGACAUGUCGCGUGCGCCGAGUACCUCUGGGACACGUUCCCGACCACCGUCACCUACGACGAUCUCUACCACGACGUCGCGAUCGCAGGGCUCUUCUCGCUCGUCUUGCGCUGCGACAAAGCGCGGUUGCCUGUCUCGGCGCAAGUUCUGGCUGGCGCCGCCAUUAGCGGUCACCUCGGCAUCAUUCGGUUCCUGCACGAGCGGUGGCGCCACGGCAAUGCGACAAGCGCACUCAGCGCCGCCUACGCCGAGGGCCAAAUGCACAUUGUGCGCUUCCUGCUUACGCACCGAAGUGAGUUUGCAGGUCGGCGCGGCGUCGACGCCGCCGCCACGUACGGCUUCUUGGACAUUGUGCAGUCGCGUCUCGCUGCGGGCUACUGCGGCAGCAGCGACAUCGCCUUCCAAGCGCUCUGCCACGGUCAUUUGAACGUGGUCCGAUACCUCUUGUACGUUGGGUACACGCUCGACCUCUCGACGGUAUCGCCGCUGCUUGUGUGGUGCUGGGACGAGGCCAAGGUCGCGCGUGCGGGAACACUCGAGAUGCUGGCCUUUCUGCACAGCCGGUCGUUUCGGUUUCGCGCCGUGUGGGUCGACUUUGCGGCCGCCGAAGGGUGUCUCGAGGCCGUGCGCUUCCUUAUUGACGUCGCCCACGCACCAUGCUCCCCGAAUGCGAUCGACAGCGCAGUGUUCCACCCCCCUGUGCUCGCCUACCUCGUCGCGCACACGUGCGUACGCUGUACGACCAAAGGGUUUGUGAACGCACUGCACUGGCAGACACCGCUGCGCGUCUUCGCGAUGCUUUUGCAGCACUUUCGACCCGAGUGCACGCCGGAGGUCGUGCGCUGCGCGCAAAUCGAGGCCCGCCUCGACGUACUCGAGCUCCUCCAGUGCGAACGUGUGUUUUCAACAGCGAGCCAGCAUGGAGGAAGAUGA